AUGGGCUACACAGAACUGUUCACAUCUGAGGAGCCACCUCAAGCCUUCGAUCUUCCGAACGAACUCUGGUCUCGCAUUCUCGAUCUUGCUACCUUUGUCCCGAUGAGCCUUGAGGUGGAACACGAAGAUCCUUUUCAGCUCGAGGAUAGUCUUUGCAACACCGCGCUUUGCGAGAGGGCCCCAGUCGACACACUUUUUCUAUCCAUCAGGAAGUCCAAUGCGGACAAACUCUCUUUCGUGCGGGUAUCUAGACACUGGUAUGACCUUGGUAUCCCGUUGUUAUACCGGUCGGUCCACGUUCAACGGGGCCGAGACCUCAUCUCCCUUGCUGCCGUCCUGUUGAAGUACAGGGGCAAUGCAGCUUCAGUUACAGACGUCCACUUCUCUUUGGGAUCGUACGUUCGUCGCUUAGAUCUAGCUAUGGUGCGCAUGACUCCCCUGUUCCCUGGAGUUACGACGCUGCUCGAUGCUAUCACGACCAUAUUUUCGUGCCUAUCGAGACUCCAAAUCCUAGUCAUCGAUACGAAGGGAACGGAUUCUCCACUGCUUAAUCUCCCAGAUGCGCACUCCAGGCUCGAUGCCCGUGUUGAACGACGAGCACGUAUACCAGAACAAGCUUGGGAUGCUUUGUUGAGCGCUUGUAGGAACUCCCUACGUCGAUUUGAUUUUGUCGUACAAAACAGUUUCUUUGUACCCCAAAACGAUAUGUAUGGCGGUGCAUAUACGAUGAACCCGCUCGGUAUUCUCUGGCGUUUUGUCAACCUGAGGACAGUGCACCCUCAAGUGAUGGCGGCCAACAGCCGGUGGUGCUUCCUUUGUACUCCAGAUAUGACGAACCUAACAUCGUGCUUGGCGCUCACACACGACUACGGAACCCACUCAGUGUACGACAAUAAUAGUGACCCGAUGAAUCCUCCUUAUCCCAAUCUGACCACUAUUAUCGUCUCGACUGCUACCGAAUUCGCCGCCCAGUUUCUCGUGGUCCAAGGACGCACGUUGCAUACCGUGAUCGUGGAGGGCUUCGCGCCACAGGAGGAUCAAGCCCUAUUCAACCUCCUCACUCAACACUGUCCCAAUCUUCGGCGCAUCAUCCUCUCUCUGGACUGCGAAUGCCUCCCUUACAUGAAAUCAAUGUCAGAACUCACAUGGAGAAUGCUUCCCUCCAACGUGACCCACCUCGGGAUCUUCAUCAUGCGCAAUGAAGGAUACCCUCGAGUAGAAGACAUGGAUCUGAUGGCUGAUAUAGCGUUGGGUACUCUAUUCUGGCUUAUGAAUCCAGAUCCAGAAUCUACGCCUACGGCAGUGCGUCACAUCCGGCUACUUAAUCCUGGAAAGGGUAAGUAUACUCUGUCCGCGUUAAGCUCGAUGGACGGGGGGGAUAAUGUGUUACUGAGGUUAAAGAAACGUGGGAUUCGGGUUCAUGAUAUUGACGGGAUGGAGUUGAUGUGA